AUGUCAGGGGCGGCCCAGGAGGACUCUGAGCUGUGGAUGUUUGCGUUGGACGAUCUUGGUCGUCACAGGCAGGAGGAAUUUCCCCUCGAGACGCACACCAAGUUCGCUCCAUACACUCCGAGACAAAAUAACGGCCUGGAUCGCAUCCCCAAAAAAACAAAGCUGGCCCUUGCAAAGGCCUGGGGUUCCCAGAUUGACGACGAAGAGUCACGGCAAGUCGACGGCCUAGAGGUGGGUGAGUUUUCCUGGCGCCAUGGGCAACAGCAGGAACCCAUUGAUGUCAAAAAGCCCGAAUUCUACAAGCCGUCGAACAAAGUCACCAAAGCAUCGCCGCUCAAACGCAAGAAGUCUCAUGCGCGCAAAAAUCUGCCCGCUCAAGAUUCGACCUGGAAUUCUUCUACAGUGCCGUCCGUCUCCAAGGCCGCAUCGCCUUCCGAGGCUGCGUCUCUUCUUACACGGGCUUCUCUGUACAAGACUGGCUCUUCAUCUGGGACUGCAUAUUCUUUCCCGGUACUGCCAUCUUCUAAGUCUAUCCCAAAGACCACGUUUACGUCUACAACGGCGGCCCCCCUGAAGCUCGCGUCUCCCUCCGGGCGGGCCACUUCUUCAGCAGACAUGCAGAAUUUCAACUCCAGAGUCCCCACUGUACCCGGUACACACGCAGAGGGUGUAGUUGAAAAGUCCAUCCGUGACUGUGACAUCACUUUCAACAUCAUGGGCGUGGAACAGCGGUGGGUUAGAUGGAAUAUGUGCAGUGGACAAUGCAUUGUAUACCCGGCCAGGACCACCAGCAGCCCGUCUAUUGCGAUGUUUGCAAUCAACAUGCAGUUUGAUGCCUUGUCCGGCAAUCUGGAGGGCUUCCUCCAUCUUUCUAGGCGAGGCUUUGCCGUUCGUUCUUACCCUCUCUCCGAAAUCGACACGCCACCCUGUCUGCAGGAAAAGCGAUUCUGCGCUAUUUACACACACGAGUCUCCUCCGAUAGAGAGACUCUGGAUCGAGCUGAAAUCUGUUGAGAAGACAGCCCAGUUUUGCCAGGCACUAGGGCUAGUCAAGAAAAUCGCGAUAAGCACGCAACUCGGAAACUCAGACAGACAUGAAUCGAUCUCACAGGAGUCCACGCAGCUGAAGGUCCCGAUCACACCGUUGCAAAACGGCCAGAGUUCGCCACGCAAAGAUGGUGGGCACAAGAGACCUGCCGAGGAUGGCAGCAAGAGUGGCAGCAAGAGGCAACCCACCCUAGAUCUGGCUGAUGCGAUGCCCCUUUUGGACCUGGGCGACUAUGACAUAAAUUCAGGGGAAGGGAUCGACUUCAAACGCGCAUCAAAGGAUGCCAUUCGACUUAUCGACAGGGUCGCUGAUGCAGAGUUAGCCUGGGGAUCCUGCAUGGAUAUAACGUCCAUAGUUCGUGGCGAAUUAUCGGAAACAUUGGCCCAGGCACUUCCUGGUCGCAUGAGGUGCGAACACCGCGAGAUCACUCAACAAUUUGUUUCCCUGGUUGGCUCUCUUGCCAAGUGCAAGAGAAGCAGCAACAGAGGGACUCCAGUCGCCGAGACACCAAAGCCCAUGAAGGACAUUCGGAAGCCAAUCACUUACAGCCCCGAGAGCCUCGUAAAGCUCAAGGAUCGUGCCACGGUACCUAGCGAAGGCAGUGGAAAGCUCGAUUCCUUCAUGCCCAACACACUGAGCUAUACCGGUCAUACCUACGAUAACACGAUAACGUCCGCGGUAGCCAAGGCCUGGUCUAGUCACACUGCCCUUCGAACCCCAGAAACUGUCCACCAGAAAGAUGUCAGCGACUCUAGGGCUUUUCCUGUUCACGGCUCUUACCGCAACAACAUGCUAGACACAAAUCCUCUAGUUGUACGGUCUCGGCAAGAACCCCCAAAGGACACCACUACACAGGUACCCACUACGGAGAAGCAGGAUGGCUAUGUUGACAUGGUAGAGCAGAUGAGGCGCCUGGGUGUUUCUCUUGUCAAAGACUCAGAUUACGCGAAGGAUAACGUCGUGCCCAAGGUUUCUGAUACGAUCAAGGGCGUCUUGAAGACGUCGGGCAUGCCAAAGGUGAGGGAGAAGAAGGGCCUGAGUACCUCCGUGUUCGCGCAGCCUUUUCAAGGCACUAUUGGAAACACUGCUGCGUUUCAACAGCAUGCCAAGGUCUCGGAGACAGCAACGAAGCGAACCUCUGUGUCGUUUGAUAUCGGAAACAGCCCGGAUACCAAGAAGAAGAUUGCUGCCGGACUCGCUAGCCCGAUCGACUUCGAGGGAGCGGGGACGAAUGCUAGCUUUGUGAGGAUUGAGCUUUCGAACACUGACAAGGAGAACGUUGCUCUCGGUUUCCCGCAGCAGACCAAAGUUCCAGGUCAAAAUACGGAACCCAGAGACGUUGCCAGACGCACGCUUGCCGGCGGCUCGGAUGAGGAGAGUUCCACUGUUCUGUCGAAGAAUCCGAGGCCCAAACCAGUCAAGAAGGGCCUCGGGCACUCGAUGUACGCUUGA